AAAUAUAGACUAAAUUGAGAAUUGUUAUUAUGAAAAUAGAAAUGCAUCCACACGAACAUAUGCGGAGCUGCAUUGCUUGUUAUAAUAUAACUGAUCAUUAAUUCAGUCGUUUCUAAAUUAUCAAAGAAUACAAACGUCUAUCGGAAAGUUCAAUGUCUAAAUAAUUACUUCUUCAACAUGCUAUUAAAAGUUGUUUACGUUUUAGCAAGUGUUUUUGUGAUAUUGAAUAAUAACAUUUUUCAAGUUCAUGGUGCUAAUAUACUCGGUCUUCUGGGCAUGACAUCUCCAAGUUCACAAAUAUGGAACACAGUUUUCUUACACAAACUAGCUGAAAAUGGUCACAAUGUUACAAUUCUCUCAGCGGAUUUGCCAAAAUCAAGUGAAAAACUUCCACCAAAUGUUCAUUAUAUUCAUUUGGAAAAGGCCUAUGCAAUGUACGAUAGUGAGAAGAAGACUGAUGCUAAGAAGCUUGAUCUUGUGUCUUACAUCGGUGUUCAUAAUCCAUUUACAUCAAUACCUCCAUUUUAUGCUUUUGGAAUAGAAACUUGCAGGGGAAUUGUAUCAUCUAAAGGUUUCAAGACUCUCUUAGACUAUCCAAAUGAUUUUAAAUUCGAUUUGAUGCUGAAUGACUACACUCUGGGACCGUAUUUGUUGGGAUUUCUACACAAAUUCAACUAUCCACCAUUGAUUGGUCUAACAGCAUUCCACAACUCUCCACUGACAAUUGAUGCUAUGUUUAAUCAUUAUUUCCCAGCUUAUGUGCCUUAUCAUUCAACUGUUUACAGCACUGAGAUGAAUUUUUAUGAAAGGCUUGAAAAUACUUUGAUUUUUAUUGCCGAUACAGCGUACCGCCGUAUGAUUUACUUACCACAGAUCGAUGCCAUAAUGAGACCCUAUUUCGACAAGGAUACUCCAUAUCUAGGUGAUCUUUCAGCUCAUACUGCUAUUUCAAUGGUCAAUUCACAUCCAGCUAUCGAUUAUGCUGAAUCAUUGCCUCCGAAUGUUAUCGAAGUUGGAGGAAUGCAAAUUUUGGACGCAAAACCUCUGCCGAAAGAUUUGGAAGAAUUUAUGAACAAAAGUCGAAAGGGAGUGGUAUUUAUUUCGUUUGGAACAAAUAUGAAAAGUGAAGACUUUGGUGAAGAAAGAGUUCGAGUUUUUCUAGAUGCCAUGACUCAGUUGCCUGAGUAUAAUUUUAUGUGGAAAUUUGACAAAAAGUAUCUUAAAACGAAGCUGCCGGAGAAUGUUCUUGCUCAAUCGUUCUUUCCUCAAAGAGAUAUUUUAGCUCAUCCCAGGCUCAAGGCAUUCGUAACACAUUGUGGCGGUUUAAGUUCUCAAGAGGCAACUUGGCGGGGAGUUCCGAUGAUUGGUAUACCACUAUUUCUUGAUCAACACAGGAAUUUGCGUCAAUCAAUGUUAGCUGGAGUUGCUGAAAAAAUAGAUUUUCUUACUAUGACAACUGAAAUUCUUCGUGAUACUAUUAAAAAAGUUGCAGAAGAUCCCAAAAUGGCACAAAAUGUUCGAAUUCGUUCCCAGCAAUUUCGUGAUCAACCAAUGAAACCAUUAGAAUUGGCAGUAUGGUGGGCGGAAUAUCUGCUACGCAAUCCGAAUCCGUUUCAUCUUAAGUCAGCAGCAAGCAAACUUAACAUAUUUCAAGCUCAUUCUUUGGAUGUUCUACUUCUUUUAUGGACAGUAUUUGUGAUAUUGAUUUUAGGUUUGGUUAAAUUGCUUUUUAUUGUUAUGAAUUGUUUUAAAAGAAAAAAUCAAGGAUCUAUUAAAUUGAAACAAAAGUAAAGCAAACAUAAAUAAAAUAAA